AUGGCCAACUCGGAAGCCAUUACAUACCAGACUCUGGAGACUGCAAAGCACAUCCGCCUUGUCACAGUAUCCGCCAGCCUUGGCGAUGGCUUGAUCAGCUGCGAGAUGGGUCACUACGUCAAUCCACCGCCUUACAAAUGCCUAUCUUAUGUAUGGGGCGCACAGGCCGUGGGCAAGACAAUCCUUGUUAAUGGCAAGCGCGCAGAUAUACAGGUCUACCUAUACGAUUUCCUUCGCCGCGCGCGCGGCUUCUGUCCUGAUCAGCUGCUGUGGAUAGAUGCGCUAUGCAUCAAUCAGACGGAUCUGAGUGAAAAGAACUCUCAAGUCCAGCAAAUGUCGACGUUAUUCGCGGAAGCCGAGGAAGUUCUCAUGUGGCUUGGUGUUGCUCCCGAACUUGACGUUGUCUUUAGCUUUGCGGAACAGCUAGAAGAUGUGUUGGAGCAGAACGGGCAGAUCGAUGAAGGGACACUUCGUGCGCUUGCAGCUAGUCCUACUAUUGAGUCUGCUCCCCACGGUAUCAGGUCAGUGGAGAUUAGAACAAUGUACAUGGAGUCUGUGGACGGGUUUAGGGCUCUCUUUCGCCACAAUUACUUCACCAGAGCAUGGAUCAGUCAAGAAGUGAUACUCGCCCGGCGCCAGGUUCUUCUGAACGGUAAUCAUUCGAUCUCCUUGGAGCACUUCUACGAUCUCUCCUGCACGCCUUUGCUGGCUAUCGUUUUCGCAAGCACGGUGGCUCACGAUAUCUACGUACUGUGCCGUGAGGGCAACAUAGGCCAACUCGUCUCAUCCUGGCGUUCUAGGCGCAUUGGUAGACCUGCGCCAACACUUCGCCAGCGUCUGCACGAUUUCGGCAGGCUAAGGUCUUCGGACUACCGCGACAGGAUAUAUGCUCUCCUCGGAAUGGUUGAGGGCGGUGAAAGCUUCGCUGUGGACUAUUAUGAAAACUAUGAACAGCUUUUCUGGAGGGUCGUCGACCACUUCCAUCAAAGCACGCAGUAUGCGACUUCCUCAGACGUGGACGCUUACAUAUUCUCGCUUGAUCUCAUGGAUUUGCUCUUGGUAUGCCUCGAGCUUAGUCCUGAUGAUCUGAAGCAUGUCACAGGCGGCGAUACAGGGAUGCUUUUCUCCUUCGACAACAUAUCUUUCUCACCUGCUCGCUGUCAAGAGCCGGCGACUGCUAUCGGCUCUGCUGAGAUUCAUGUCCAUUGGCCAAGAGUGGCAUCGACACUGUUCAACUCCGAUGAUCCUCGCCAGGGCUCAAUGUCAGUGGAUCCCUCAUGCACAUAUCCCUUACGCAAGUUCAAGGAUGAUGCUGGCCACGCGGGAGGCACGGAGAGAGAGGAACUGGACUUCCGACCUAACAUCUCUUAUGGCUGCAUGACCCCCGCACAAUACCAAUAUCAUGAUGGUACCGUGACCGAUAUCGCCAAGGUUGACCACGUAUCCAGCAGUCACUUGGGCAUCCCCGAUGGCGCAUAUACCAUCCGCGUACCACGAGAAUAUGUACUACAUGACCUGGCCGCCUGGCGGAAGUACAGGGCUGAGAACCAGCGACCGACCGCUCGCACCGGGGCGGCAAAUAUGCUUCAGGACUUUAGAGCCCUGCCUAAAUACAAGAGCGCCGUUCACGAAUCGUUGCGCUUGUAUUGGCAGCGAGCUGCCGGACUCCUGCCUGCGGCACCAUGGAGUGAUGAGGAACUCUCAAAGGAGGGCGAUGAGAGCGAUGGUUUCAUUGGUCCUAGUCGACGUCUGCCGAUGUUUGGGAAGUAG